CGGGACGGGCCGCUCCGGAGCCCGCUUCCCUUGCCGUUGAGUGGCGGUUGGGUCACGUGCCGCGGCGCUAGGGCUGGGGCUGGGGCCGUCGCUGCUGCUGCGCGCGCGCGCCGGACAACAAUUUCCAAAACUUAUAUGGUUUUGAAUUCAAAGAAAAGACUAAAAAUCGAAAUAAACACCAAGUUUCUUUGAGUAAGAAGUGCCAAUGCAGCGAAGGCAGAGAGGAAUCAAUACUGGAUUGCUUUUGCUGUUUUAUGAAAUUUCUCGAGUUGGAUUUGAGAACAUUCCUCCUGUUACACUUGGGAUACUUGCACUGAAUAUUAUUCUCUUUUUGAAUCCGCUGGGGCCACUCUCUGAAGUGUGUAUCAGUGUAAAUGAAAGCUUCUACAGAAAGAAUUGGCAGCGUUUACUGCUUUCUCCUAUCCACCAUGCAGAUGACUGGCAUUUAUAUUUUAACAUGGUUUCCAUGCUUUGGAAGGGGAUAAUGUUGGAAAGAAAGCUUGGAAGCAUUUGGCUUGCAUAUAUAAUUGCAGUAUUCUCGGUGCUCAUUGGAGUUGUUUAUAUGGUACUGGAAUACACACUCGCAGAAAUCUUGGAUGACCCUACAUAUAAAAUGAGUUGUGCUGUAGGUUUUUCAGGUGUCCUGUUUGCUUUGAAAGUUCUUAACAACCAUUACAAUCCAGGAAGAUUCAGCAGUGUCCUUGGAAUGCAGAUAUCCAGUAAAUAUGUUUGUUGGGUGGAGUUGGUGGCAAUUCAUUUAAUUUCCCCAGGGGCUUCUUUUGCUGGGCAUUUGGCGGGGAUUCUAGUUGGAAUGAUGUACACUGUGGGACCUCUGGAAAAGAUCAUGAAAGCCUGUGCAGGUGGCUUUUCUUCAUUCACUAAUCCUGCCCGGCAAAGGGACUACUACUCACAGCAUUAUAGUCAUCCAGGUUAUCAGUACAGCACACCAAGGAACUAUGAUGCUUAUACAGGUGGACUUACUGAAGAGGAACAGCUUGAAAGGGCAGUGCUAAACAGUCUUAAUGAAAGAGAUUUUGGUGGAGCAACACAUAAUAAUGUGCGGCGACCCUAUGGUUUUUGGCUUCCACCUGAGCAGCUUUCAGAAGAGGAAAUGAGAAGGCAAAGGCUUCGUAGGUUUGAAAGACGUUGAAACUGGCAGGUGUUGAUGUAAAUUGCAAAGUGCUGUUCAGAAUUACCAAAAUAUUUGUAGGUUUAUUCAUUUGUAAUGUUUCUUUCCAGUUUUUAUACUACUGGUUGCAAAGCUGAAAAGUAUGCAUUUGGGGGAGUUCAGGCUCAGCUGGAACUUGCAUCAGACUCUUGAGAUGGGAGGAAUCAAACUGUGAUCUUUAGCCGUUCUCAGUCUUGAUGCACCUUAAAUAUGGAAGAAGACUGAUAGGUGGACUAAUGGUGUUUUACCCACACUCAUUCACUCACUCACUUGUGCGCAAACUCUCUCUCCUCCUUUCUUUUGUGUAGCUACAAGAAUUCCUUGGCUUUUUGACUGCUUACAUUCUCAGUCAACAGGUUUUCUUCAUCUAUCACAGACAAAAAAGCCAUUAUAUUUGUGUUUUUUUCAAAGUUUUAAAAUAUGUAAAUCUUACUUGCAAACUUUUCUCUGUUUAUACAUGAUGACUGACUGCUUUGGGAUUGGCAUGUAAAAUGUCAUUUUAAAAAAUUGCCUUGAUAGCAGCCUAUAGGCUUAAGCUUUCUAUCAGAGUCUUAUAAGCUGUGUUUAAAAAGAAAAAAAAGAAAAAAAGAUGCAGCUAUUGUUAUCCUAAGAAGUUAUUUAAUAUAACCUUGUGUUUUGCAGUGUUCCUUAAAUCCUGUCAUUUUCAUCUAGAGGUUGUGUGUGAUAAAGCUGAGUUGUGACUACUUACAAUUUCCUAAAGCCAGUCUUAAUGUUUAUGAUUUAAAUCCAAAAAUGCUUUCCUUUAUAGAGUUAAAAUAACUUGUUCUUAGGAAUUCCAUUGAAAGGGAGAUGGAUAUGCCAUGUAAAGAAUAUAUUUAUUUAGUAAUUUAUACUUUUUUAAAAGCAUCUAUUUCCCUUUCUUAAAAGGCUAUAUAUCCUGCAGGCAACAGAAAUUGUAUCAUGUACAUGUUGUUCGUGCAGCUUUAGAAAUUUUGCUAUUUCCGUAUAUGUAUUUCAUCUGAGGUCCAGUAGGAGCUGUAAGAGUUAGCAGACUUGUGCAGAUCUUGCCUAAAUACAGGAUACCUUGAAUUCUCUAUUUUCUGGAAAGCAUUUCUUUAGGUACCCAACUCGAGAGUAGCUGAUUGGGAGACCAGAGAGCUCAGUUGUCACUUUGGACUGACCCUCCACUUGCUGCUUGUCAAGCAGUGGCUGUCCUGCUCGUGGCACCAGCACCAGACAGGCUCUCUGCACCCUAUCUCAGUGCAGGAUGCUCUCAGACUGUCUUUCAGUUAAGCUCAUGAGUACAAAACCAAAAUUCAUGAACAUAUCUACCUAUUUAGUAACAUUAACUAACAAACUGUGAAUGCUUUUUGUUCUAGUAUAAUUUCGAAAAGCUGUUCUUGGCUCAAACUUUUUCUUGCAAUGAGAGAAAUUCUCCUGAGAUUGGGGACACUCCUCCUAUAACUAUUUUCAGUCCUGAAGAGGUGUGAUUGCACAAGAAGAAUUUGAUUAUUGUCUUUUGGCACAGAACUGCUGGAAUCUCUUCAGCACUGAUUUAGUUGAGUGUGAGGAUGAACAAUUUAAUGUUUUUUUUUUCAGGGUCAUGUGAUCACUGAUCUGUGCUUUAUAAAGUCUUGAACCUGUACCUCUCUAUGGAGUUAUAUGUAGAAUGUAAAAUCAUAGCGCUAUAUUUUUCAUACAGAAAAAAUCCUGCAAGUAAAUUGUUGAGUAUCUUGUCUAAAUAACGUACAUCUUCUGGUUUUCAUUAAUGUGUGUAAGGGAACCUUUCAUUUGCUGAGAAAUGCAAGGGCUGUUCUCUCUUCUGUGCCAUUACCACUUUCACCAUUUUUUUGUUGAUUUUGUGCCCAGAAGCAGCACAAUAUGAUUAUGCCAGGUAUGUGGCUUUCAAGGUCCUGAGAGCCAAAGGACAGGACUGUAAUAUGACUUUGGUUGUACUUAUUAAAGGAGUGUAAGAACACUGUUAGUAUUAUACACAGUAUUUUCUGGCAGAUUCUAAGGCACUUAGUACUUACAGACUGGUGAUGUUUGUUGUCUUCUCUCUUGGUUGUUUUCCAAUAUAUGCAGUAGCCAUAGAAUAAAACAGAUAAAACUAGAAGAUUCAUAUCUUCUAGUAGGUCAAUUUUUCUAAUUUCUUACAACUUCUGAAAUUAUUUAUAAAAAAACUGCAUAGGCUUUGAAUGUUUUGCUCAAUGUGUAAUAAUUGUGUAAAUGAUGAAGGAAUAGCAUUGGUGCCUCAAACUAAUCUUAGUGCUCUGGUGGAAAGUUUCAAUGUGACUUACUAGGUCUGUUAAACUCCAUUAUCCUAAUUAUUUAAAACCAUUGGAUUAGUCAGUAGUCAGUUGAAAAAACAGAACUUAGUGAAACCAAGAACAUGAUUGCAAUUUUAAAACCACUUGCGUAUUUUUGUAAAGUAAGGUUAGAAAUAUCAAUGGCACAUGAAAUUACACAGGAAGUUCCUCAUGCUUAUAUUAGUAAAAAGAAGAAAGCUUUUUGGUAGGAUAUAUCUUAUAUGGAGGGUCCAUUUUGGUUCCCCUUUUUAUUCUUACUUUGUCAAGAAAGUACUUGCCAUUAAAUAAUCACAAAAAUUGUCAGUAGUAUAGUUGCUUACCUGUUUUCACUUUUUUCUUACAUGAAAUUGAAAUAAAUUUUUUUUUUUACAUUUCAAACUGUCUGGUUUUCAUUAUGGUAAUUAAUAAAGCAUGAGUUUUAAAUUACAAUGCUAACCACGAUAUUAUUAGAAAUGAAGACUUACAACACUGUGGGGGCAGAUAACUUAUGCUGGGCCUAAUUUUGCUCCUUUUGAGUUUAGUGGAAGUUUUGUGAUUGAGUUACUGGGAAGAAGUCCUGAUAUUUAUAGUAUUUUGUUUAUUAAUUAUUAAAGUUUAUUAAUAAAAGUAAUUAAAGUUUAUUAACAGAAUGAAUCUUUAGUAGGCUUUUACCCUGUGCUUUCCAUGUAGAAUAUGGAUGCUUCCUUUAAAACCUCCCCACCAGUUCAGGUUUCAGAGCCCUGAUGAUGGUAGAUGUAAGUCACAGAUGAAUUUCUAACGUAUGCUCUGUUCCACUUUAUCUGUUCAGGGACAAAAAUUCAGGGCAGUUUACAUAAAUUGAUAGUCCACACUGAAUAGUCUCUGGCCCUGUUUAGUGGCUGACUUACUCUACAUAAAAUAAGGAUUCUUCAAGGAAAAGAAAAGAAAGGUCCUGUAUAGUUCUGUAUAAUGUAUUUCACAUCUGAAAUUUGAUUCCUUUUUCUCAGGAGCUGGGAUAUCUUGGGAACAUUUAGUACUCCCUCUGAACUUUGUCAUCAGGUACCAUGUAAGAAAUUCCACGUUCCUAAUUAACCCUAAUCAGCAAACUUGUUAACAGCCCAAUCCUUGAGGUUUGAGGGUUGAGUGACCUAACAUUUUACUGCUAAUAUAUAUGGGUUUCUUCCAAUCCAGAAUUAAGAUGUGGUGAAGGAGCAGAGUGCUUAAUUUUUAAAAUUCUUUCCUCUCUUCUUGUUUGUCUUUAAGUACAGGCAAAUUAUAUAAUCAUAUGUAUGUAUUUUUUUUCCUGGCGGUGCUUUCUCUCCUCAGGGGAAAAAUAUCCUAAAAAAAUACUGAGAAAAUGGUGCUCAUACAUGUUCCAGAUUGUGCCAGAUGAGUGCACGUGGAAAUAAUGUUCUCAGUACGGGCUGUAAACAAGAUCAGAAUCUGACCUGCCAUCCAUAAACCUUGAUUGAUAUCUUGGUGCCAGGGAGAAGUGUUUAGAGGAAAAGCAUGUUGAUUCUCAUGUACCAGCUUCCUCUUGAGAGAAGUCAUUCUGCCUGAGACUCUGUUUUCCAUGGCUACCUUUCAAACAGGGUUUGCUCAUUGAUGAAAAUCAGAAAAAGAAAAUUUCAUUGUCUUUUUAAAGUUUGAUUAGUGCCACCUUGCUUAUUUUUCACAUGUACCUUCAAAUUGGUCCAAGAGUUCUAGUGGUAUAAAGGGUGUAAUAGGAGAUGGUGAAGAGACUGGUCAUUUUAGAAAACUUUUGCAUUUGGUUUUUAUUACCUUUUCUUUGUAGCUGAAAGUGCGAACUUUAAGCUCUGAUUAGGUGUGAUUUCUCAUACCAUGUAUGCAGGUAAGGAAAAAGAGCCUAAAUACUGGCUUGUUAAAGUAGUGAUACAUACAAAAGUCCCUGGGUUGAUGAUAUAUCUGUGGAGAAAAGAAAAUUCUUAUUAAAACAGAUACUGCUAGGAGAUGGUUUUGAUUAGGCUUAAUAAAAUGCCAGUUUUGGUAGCUUUUAUGCUAAAAAAGAAGAAAAGUGGAAAUAGUGUGGCCGAUAGAGGCAAAGUCUUUACAUCAGCAGUCUUCAUGGCAGAUGGCUUAGUUUUGUUUUAUAUAAUUAAGGAGCUUGAAUUGGAGAUGAUAGAGCAAAGCUGCAAAAGCACAGUUAGUCCAGUGUAGCUAUCCUGACCAAAUGAAAAUAAAAAGAAUUGCCUCUUCUCUUAUGUAUUAAUUACAUGAUUGGAAAUGCCUGCAGAACAAAAGUAACUUUUUCUUUCAUGUUAUUCAUUGCUCUUUCUACUUAUGAUACCCAUAUACACUGAGUGUAUAUACUGUUAAAUACCAAUAUAUUGACUUUACAAGAAUAAAGAACUGUUGCACCUUUAA